AUGAAUCAUCAUGGAGCACCAUUGAAUAAGUUGAUAGCAGUGGCUAUAGACAAAGAUAGAGGAAGCCAAAUUGCUCUAAAAUGGGCUGUUGACAAUCUUUUAGCCAUGGGAGACACUGUUAUUCUGAUCCAUGUCAAAGUUACAGCAUCUGCUAGCAAUGAUGGAUCAGGAAUGACGGAAUUGGAUCUGCAGUUGAAAGAACUCUUUCUUCCUUACCGAAUAUUUUGUACACGUAAAGGUAUCCAAUGUCAUGUUGUUGUUUUAGAGGAUGCCGAUGUGGCCAAAGCAAUCAGUAGAUAUAUCAGCCGAACAUCAAUAGAGGUACUAAUUCUCGGUGCAGCAGCAAAAGUUGGUCUUCUCAGAUCAAUAUUUAAAAUCAAAGAUGAUAUUCCUGGAAACGUUGUAAAACGGGUUCCCAAUUUCUGCACUGUGUAUAGCAUCUCCAAAUCUGGAAAGGUUUCAUUUGCGCAAUCUGCUGUUAGCGUCGCACCAGAUAUACACCCACUACGUCACCAGUUCAUGCCGGCCAAUAAUGUCAAAUCUAAUUCUGUGACUUCUAGUCUGAUUGAUCCCCAAGAGAAAAAAACUAUCGAAGAAUUGAACUACAUGUCUGUCUUGCUAGCUCAGAGGGAAUCUGAGAUAGCUGUGUUACAAGCUCAAUUGCAACAGGCCUCUCAGGGCACAAGUACGGGACCAGGUGCGAUAGAGGACCUGCAGGCUGAAAACGCUCAGCUUAAGACUGAGAUAGCCGUGUUGCAAGCUCAAUCGCAACAGGCCUCUCAGGGCACAAGUACGGAACCAGGUGCCAUGGAGGAACUGCAGGCUGAAAAUGCUCAGCUUAAGGCUGAGAUAGCCCUGUUGGAAGCUCAAUCGCAACAGGCCUCUCAGGGCACAAGUACGGGACCAG